UAUUCUGUUUAGAUUGGCAGCUAGUAUUGUGCACGAAUCGCUUUCCUGCACAGAGCAUGAAUGAAAACACUAAAAGUUUUUUUUACCUGUCACGUUCUUUCAUAUCUUUCAGUCGGGCUGAGUACGGUGAUUAUGAGAAUGGGGAAUCUGCUGCUGAAUCUGGUGCUCAGCUAGGUUUCGUGAAUGACUAUAUCUGGCAUUCGCACAUACCCCUACGUGGAAGGCUUCUGAGCGAGCCAGGUCUGAACUCUGCCACAAUGUUAGUCGACCAUGAGCAAACAUUCAGUCGCAUGUCGGCGGGAAUAGAGGCUGCUCUAGACAGGGUUUUUGUUCAAAUGGAAACAUUGGUUGACCAAAACAAGUUUUUGAAUGAUCAGGUUUCUGUUCAAAUGGAACAAAACAAGUCUUUGAAUGAUCAGGUUUCUGUUCAAAUGGAACAAAACAAGACUUUGAAUGAUCUGGUUUCUGUUCAAAUGAAAACAUUGGUUGAACAAAACAAAGCUUUGAAUGAUCGGGUUUUGAAAUUGGAAGUCGUACUAUCAGAAACUAAUAAAAGGAUGGAAGGAAACCAUCACAUGAAGAAAAAUGAAGGCAAGGAAGAAUCCUUGAUUAAGGAAGUAACGUUGAAUCAGAUCAAGCUUGGUGUAGAAGUACAGAAGAAUACAGAUGAGUUGGCUAGUCAGCGGCGAUUGUCGCGAAGCAGCAUGAAUGCUCACAAUGUGCUUCGGUGUGAAUGUGAGAAACUCACGAACCAAGUAAAGGACUUCCAAAACCGUAAUAAUGUUGUAACAAAAGAAAAUGGAGAGUUACGGACUAUGUUGAAGGAAGAGCGUGCUCAAAACAUUACCAGUAUUCAUGCAACUAAGGCAGAUUGUAACUUGACGUCUGCCACUAGUCAUUCAGAGAUUGAUGUCUCUUCAUGUGGAAGUGAAGUUGAAUCAUCAAGACACCGUGAAGUCACGUGAUGUCAAUCAGCACACUACUACCAUGGAGCCAAUGGAUCUCAACAAUGAUGAUGACUGCGAUGACCGAAGAUGUGGAAACGAAGCCAGUGUUUCAAAUAUUAUUUCUUAUUCAGUGAAGAACUAGUGGAUUGGUUAUAUGUAUGCACAAUGUACAGAUCAUCUAGUACAGCAAACAACAUUGCAGGCUGUACAGAUGAUAUAGUAUUGUAACAACAUUUUUGGACAAGUAUGGGCUGCUGUCAUGUCAUUCAGUGAGUGUGUAGUGUGUAGAGUAUGUGGAUAGCUGCAAUGCUAUAUAUGGAGGUUUUGCCAAUUAAAUAUUUUGCAUUAUUAAGUGAUCAGGUGGGUAUGUCAACAAUAGUCACUAAGUGCAUACAUAGAAGUAAUAAC